AAACAGAGGCGUGACGGUCAUAAUUGGAAAACAAAUAAAAUUUUCGAUAGGCCAAAUCAAUUACUCGAGGUCCUAUUGUGCAAUAAAAGUGUAAUUUUUUGUUGUGUGAUAAAAAGUGUUUAAUAUUUUGUCUACAUUGCAUAUUAGGAGACUUUAAAUAUGUAUAUGGAACGCAUGUCGCUAGGCACGUAUUGCCAUUUGAAAAUCCGCUCAUUUUCCUCGAGUUCGGCACUUCGCGGAUCUUUGCACUGAAAUACGGCAUCCCUUCCGUCACGCUUUACUUACUUAAUUUUAUUAUCACGAUUCGUGAUUUAUGUAAGACUCAAUUUAAAAAAAUUUCACGUUUGACGAACCUGCUUGUAGAGAUACACGUUUGUGCAACGGUAUUCUCUUUAUUCGAGCAUAACGCGUCACGAGUCUCUCGAGUGUGUACAAUCUCAGUUCCGACGAUCGACCUUGAUGCGAAUUCCUUGUACCUGGCAACUGUUAACCGCGAUGGGAUUGUAAUCGGCGUGUUGAUAGUUUUUCCAAUUGGCAAGCCGUUCGGAUCGAUCGGCAUUCAGUUUCGGCUGGUAGGCAACAGUGGAUGGACGGUGUGGUGCGUGUCGUUUAGGGAUUUAGGCAAACUCUGCACAGGAAUCGCAUGGAAAGAUGAGUAGGUUCCUGCUGGACACGCAGAAUCUUGAUUGGCAGAUUCAAGGCAAUGAAACCCCGUUGCGCGCCGCUUAUCCGAGAUUCCGCAGAACCGAGCUGUUCGAUGGCGCAAAAUCGAUUGUUCCACGGAAUCGGCCCUUGUCGUCCGCUCUGCAAGAGGCUAUCAGAGGUGAUCCCGAGCAACGCGACGCGCAGAAAUUUCGGCAUCCGGACUGCAUAAAAGUCAACGUGUGUCCAUUAUUGAUAUCGAAACACUUCUAUUCGGGGGACAGAUUCUUGCCGUGCCGGCGCGGCUACAAUUUCGAGAUGGCUCACUAUCUGUUAACGAAGGACGACACAAUGAACGAGAAGUACACGAAUAUAAUAGACGUUUGUGCACAGGUCGAUUCGCUGGAAGUUACGUACCGACGUAAAGCUUUGCGCGCGAUCAUGGUAGAGCAGGCCUUAAUGCCAGAAUUUGAUCAAGACAAGAUUUUACGCUUUAGCGGUACGACGGCGCCGCGGCCGCGGAAACCGUCGCGUCCGGAAAGCGAGAAGAAGGGAAGCUGGAAGUGCGCGCCGCGUAAGAGGAUCCUGAUGGGAAGCCCGGACAAGAUGCUGUCCAUGCCCGAGUGCGCCUCUUUGCCGAGUGACGCUAAUAUCAGAGCGGUCGACUGGAGCUGCAACAACAUGAUUGCCAUGAGCGAUUGCGACCGCCUAGAUAUAUACGACAACAACGGCGAAAAUUUGUCGUCGUACACAGCCAACAUACGUCCCAGCGUCAAUCAAAUUGUCAACGUUAAAUGGAGCGACGACGGCAAUAAAUUGAUAAUGUCCGUCUUCACUUCUAUCAUAAACGUCUCGACGCUCGUGCUGUACGAUUUGAAGAAAAAGAAACCCCUGUGGUGUGUCGAUUGCAUAUGUAAACACUGUGAACAGGAUUCAAUUUUUAAUAAAGGCUGUGUUAUACGUUGCGUCUGCUGGUCAGCUCACGAUCAUCAAAUCGUCACAGGAUGCGCCGGCAAGAUAUCGAUAUACGACCCAAGUACUGGCAAGCUGGUGCACUGCGCGUACAAGCAUACGGCUGACAUUCUGACCAUGAGUUUCUCGCCGAAUUUUAAGUAUCUCAUUUCGACCGGGCAGGACAAAGUCGUUCGAGUGUCCACUUGGCCGGAAUUGACUCCUUGUUUCGACGUCAAGUUCUCACUUAAACCUGUAACGGUAUUCGCCUGGCAUCCACAAGUACCCGACUUGCUGUGCAUGGGAAGUAAGAACGGAUCGUUGUCAUUAUGGAACGCCAACAAGUGCACGAUGGUGGCCUUUGUGCGCACCAAGUUCGAUGGUUGCGUGGAAAAUCUCGCUUGGAAUAAGUUAAGCGGCGAGUUGGUUGUACAUUGGACUUACAGGGAGGGGAACAACCGAUACACCAUCGUCACGGCGCUCGCCAGUUUCAAUCGGAUCGUCGACGUGCUGCCGCUGGAUAAAGAAACGGAGCUCCUCUUCUUGAAAUUCAACUCCACGCACGAGCAACUGAUAACGUUUUGCAGCAGUAACGUCUGCUCGGUAUGGAAUUUCUUUGGCAACGAGAAGUCACUCCAAAGACGACGUGUGCCUCGCUGCAGUUCGACACGACAAAAACAAGGAGUCAUGGUCCACAAUCCGAUUCGAUAAUAACUCAUUCGUCCUGAACCUACGAUGAUCUGUAAUUCGUGAUAAACACAUUACGAAUAACAGAACAUCUACCACACGUUGGCGUUGAUGCGUGCAAUCGAUACACUCACAUUGGGACCUCCGUGAGUUUAUCGAACAUAAAACAUCCUCGCCAGCUCCCUCGACCCUAAAGUACCCGCGAACGUUCGGCCAAACUUUCCUCCUGCGAAGAAACGUCGUCUGUAUUGAUGCCUUCGCCCUUGAGCCACCGUCGUGUCAAUCGGCGAGAAAUUUGCCUUCCCCGUACCGUUACGCUAUUCGAAGUAGCUUUUAAAUUAAUCAAUACCAAUCCCACCGUAUCGCGUUCCUGGAGUCGGCUGUUUAUACACCGAACAUCUUCCUUAGCGAGACGAAUUCUUGGGCGAUACUAAUCUCACAGAAUAGAAAGCCGUACCAGACAGCCGGAGAUUUUCUUUCCAAUGGCUCUAGGCUCUUCGAUGGUACUAGCGAGUUUUACUGGGUUUGCAUGUUCCGGUGAUAUCGGUACAUUUAUGCGUACAAAUUUUACAAAAAUUUCUUUUUACUGAAAAUAUGUCUCCAAUACCUCGUAAUCUCAACGACCCAAUUUUCAAGCGUACACAGAGAAAACGGUUCCUUGAAUUGUUUUAUUAUAGACUUUUGUUACUUAUUCAUAAAGAAACAAGGUGAUCGCGAAUCGAACAAGACGACGUGGAUUUUAUGACGUAUUGGUGUUACACGGUGAAACGACACGAUCGAGACGUAUGUAUGUUAAUGUAAAAUUUAUAUAAGGUAGCGAUAUCAAAUAUGUCAGGCGCAAAAUUACAAACAAGUAUCGUAGAUCAUAAAAUGGCUUGCUCCGAGGCGACCAUCGCUGCCGUAAUUAACGCGAAGCGCAGCGCGGAUAAUUGCGGUUCGGUAAAUCCAACGGCGCUAAGAAGCCGUUCAGAAGCGUUAAUUUAGCGACGAUCGUAAAACGUAAUUUCGCACCGCGCCGUGAACAGCCGACUUAUCUUGCAAUAGAUCGGCAACAGCUCGCUGUGCAAGGAAGGUUCACGUUGACACGCGAUAUGUCGCUCGGCGUAGAGGAUUGUGAUUAUUGUUACAUACAACCGUAUCAUCCAGCUUUUCGGAUUCUAUCGAGCCAAUCUGCUAAUAAAAUGUACAACGAUUCGGCGCGUGAUUAAGUGAAAAUCGGAAACAAGAAACGUAUAUUUAUAGGCGAAAGAAAUCGCGGAUGCUGGUCGUUCGUUGAUGGAUUCAUUUUUGUUUUUUUUUGUACGCAAAUAUGCGCAAAUAUUUUAUCGUUUAUAAUUUUUUAUCAUGUCGCACCUUAGUGUGUAAUGUUUUAUCAAUUUUUUAAUCUUAUUUGAUGCAAAUGUCAGGUUUUUCUUUUAUUAGAUGAUACGCAUAAAAUUUGGAUGAAAUUCUUUCACAUUUAGAUUUGUUUCCGACUGAGAGAACGUUUCGUUUUGUUUUCUUCGUCGUCCUCUUCUUUUAAAGCUAAUUUGGUCCAAAGUUGCGAUAAAAUUAGAUCUAAAAGAAGUUAAUAAUUUUAAUUUCUAUUCUUAGCAGUGAAAAAUUUUUACUCUCUUAAUAAAUGGAUCUUCUGGAGAACCGGUAAGGUUUAGCUAAUUAAAUUAUAAAAAUUUUCUCUUUUUACUAGUAUGGAUUGCAUUUGUUAAACUCAAGAUUACGGUUUCUCGGGUUAAAAAUUUUCUUAUCAUAAAACGAAUAGAUUUAUAUUUAUUUUUAUGGAAGUUGAAAGACUUCUUGAGCAGCGAUUUUUCGAAUUGGCAGGUUUGGUUCUUUUUGUUGUGUUUCAGGCUUUCUUUCACAUUGUAGCGCUUCGUAUUUGUGUCAAAAAUUUAUUAUCAAUUUUUAAUGUUGCAACUUGUUAGGAAAUAUGUAUAUAACGUAUAAGUAUAAUUUUUAUUUGUCUCAUCAAAGGCGGCAGCAUAUUAUCAAAAUUUAUUGGCAAUUAGCUUUGCGUGAAUAAGUAACUCGUUUUCAGAGUCAUGCAGAAAUGUUUCGAUUAUGCAGAAUUUCGGAUAUUAUUGUAUCGAUUCACCGUACGAUCACUCAAGUAACGAUCAACCGUAUAAUUAAGCCUCGAGCAUCAUGCAAUUUGUGAUAUUGUUAACAUUUCGAUUAUUACGAGAACAUAGUUUUUGAAUAUGACUUCUUUUACAUUUAAAUAAUAUUAUAAGCAGAAUAAAACACUAAAAAAAAUCACAUAUCACACAUAUAUAUAUGUACAGAAUAUUUUAAGAAAACCAAAUAUCUUUUUGAAACACGGAUUAUUUCAUAAAUGUAAAAUCAAUGUUUUUCUCGGCAAACAAUUAUCGUAAAGCAAUAAUAAUAAUAUUAAAUAUAUCGUAAAUAUAUAUUACUA